AACCCCCGCUCCCCUUCCUUACGGAGAGUAACAGAGCGGAAGCCAUGGCUGCCGAGCAGAGCACGAGGCGUUUGCAGAGCCGUCAAUACCUUGGGGAGAUCUCAGCCCUCUGUUUUCUCCCUCUCCCUCAUCUCUCUUCCUCUCCCUUCCUCCUUGCUGGAAGUGGGUCACAAGUGCUAGUAUAUGAUGUCGAAGCUGGGAAGAUUCUGAACUCAUUUAAUGUAUUUGAGGGUGUCCGUGUGCAUGGAAUUUCUUGUAACUUUCUUGAUUUAAGAAACUGUGGGCCAUCUGCAACAGCUGCUAUCAAGAUCGCUGUGUUUGGAGAAAGGAGAGUUAAAUUAUUUAGCUUACAAGUUGAAAUGACCUCUGAUUAUCAAAGUUCAGUGAAAGCAUGUGUCAGCUUGAUGCUAAUCCAUAUUUUCUCUAAAUUUAAUCAUUGGGUCAUGGACGUUUGCUUCUUGAAGCAGGACGAUAUGCCUUGUGAGCAUGAGGAUGAUAGUCAUCUUGCAGUAGGACUUAGCGACAACUCUGUCUGUCUAUGGGACAUUUCUAGAUCCAAUAUGUUUGCUGAAGUAAAAUGUCCAGAAAGGUGCCUUCUAUAUUCUAUGCGAUUAUGGGGUGACAAUGUAAAAGCUCUUCGGGUCGCAUCUGGUACCAUCUAUAAUGAGCCCCAUUCUGAUUAUUUAUUGGGCCUCAAAACUCGUACCCAGGUAAUUGUUUGGAAGCUGGUUCAACAAGCUCAAUCUUCUGCAAGUCUAGUGAAAGCCUCUAAUGAUCAUGGCACUUCUUGCUUUGAGGAUAGGCAGCUCUGUGAUCAGCAAUAUAUGGCAGUUCCUUUGAGUAGAUUAAUAGGGCAUGAAGGCUCCAUCUUCCGUAUAGCAUGGUCCUCUGAUGGAUCAAAACUGAUGUCCGUCUCUGAUGAUCGUAGUGCCCGUAUCUGGAAAGUUAGUGCUUUGAUGACAGAUUCUGGUGAAGAGGCGUGUAGCUUUGAUGUUUCCAUCAGCCUCACACUUUUUGGACAUAAUGCUAGAGUUUGGGACUGUUAUAUCUCUGAUUCUGUAAUUAUUACUGCUGGUGAGGACUGUACCUGUCGUGUGUGGGGAAUGGACGGGACUCAGCUAAUGGUGAUCAGGGAACAUAUCGGAAGAGGCAUAUGGAGAUGCCUGUAUGAUCCAAGCUCUUCGCUGCUCAUCACUGCUGGGUUUGACUCUGCAAUAAAAGUGCAUCCACUUAAUGCUUCUUCACUUGGGAAGAAAAUUGACUGUGAUGGGGCAGUAAAAGAAUUUAUGGAUAGGACAGAGAUCUUCACAAUUCAUAUGCCGAGCUCAUCAGAACAGCUCGGGCUCAUGGACAGCAAAAGCGAAUAUGUACGAUGCUUGCGUUUUGCUCAGGAUGAUGUCCUUUACGUCGCCACUAACCAUGGCUACCUAUAUCAUGUUAAACUCUCUGAACCUGGGAAUGUAAAAUGGACUGAACUUGUCCGCAUAAGUGAAGAAGUGCCUAUCAUUUGUAUGGAUCUGCUGUCAUCAAAUUCAUCUGGUUUCUCCAAGGAUGCAGAAGACUGGAUCGUUGUUGGAGAUGGCAAAGGAAAAGCAACAGUUUUUAGGAUAACUGAUAGUGUGUGCGCCCCUAAAGUAGCCCUCUCCUUUACUUGGUCAGCGGAGAAAGAGAGACAGAUUUUAGGAACUUAUUGGUGCAAGUCAUUGGGAUGUAGCCAUCUUUUCACUGCUGAUCCAGGAGGAAGACUAAAGUUAUGGAGAAUAGAUGUUACUUUUGCAGACGAAACAUGUGUGGAUUGUGAGAUGUCUUUAAUUGCAGGUUUCACAUCAUGUUUCGGAACACGAAUCUUGUGUCUAGAUGCUUCAUUUGAAGAAGAGGUGCUGGUAUGCGGUGAUCAACGUGGUAAUCUUAUAAUGUUCCCCUUAUCAAAGGGCCUGUUACUUGCUACUUCAAUUGAAUUAGGAGAGAAUAUCCCUUCACUAGCUUAUUUUAAAGGAGCUCAUGGGAUAUCGAGUGUGGCCAGCAUUUUUAUUGCCACAUUACAUUUCAACCAAGUUGAAAUACGUUCGACUGGAGGAGAUGGAUGCGUGUGCUAUUUUAAAUACGACAAAGAUUGGCGAAGUUUGGAAUUUAUGGGGAUGAAGCAAGUGAGAGAAUUAAGUUUAAUUCAAUCUGUCUUUGCCAAUGCCAGCUCCGAGGAAGACUUGGCACAUGGUAAUUAUGCAGUAGGCUUUGCAUCAACAGAUUUUAUCAUAUGGAACCUAGUAAAUGAUACAAAGAUUUUACUGGUUCCAUGUGGUGGAUGGCGGCGUCCUCAUUCUUAUUUUCUUGGUGAUGUACCGGAAAUUCAGACCUGCUUUGCCUAUUUGAAGGAUCACACUAUUCAUAUUAAUAGACUCUGGGUGCCAGUCAGUGAUAGGAAGUUAUUUCCUCUGUUUCUGCACAUGCAAUAUCAUGGGAGAGAGAUACAUUCCUUAUGUUUUGUAUCUGUUGGGUUGCAAAAAAAUCCGAACACAGAAAGUAACUGCUUCCAUGAACUAAGCUGGGUCGCAACAGGAUGUGAAGAUGGAACUGUGCGAUUGACAAGUUACAAUCCUUCAGAUGUUGAAGGUUGGUCUGCUUCCAAGUUGCUUGGGAAGCAUGUUGGAGGAUCAGCUGUGAGGUCCAUAUGCUUUGUAUCAGAGAUAUACACGACUGGUCAGGCCUACAUCUCUUGUGGAGAGCAUAGACAUGAUGCUAUUGCAGACAGAGAUGAUCAGUUUCUACUUAUUUCCGUUGGUGCAAAGCGGGUUUUAACUUCUUGGCUUCUUCAAAACAAAAGACACAAGGAAGAAGCCCUUGUUCAAGGGGCUGUUGCAAAGACUGGAAAUAUAGGUGGUCCAGAAUGCCCAUCAAUGUCUUUUCAGUGGCUCUCCACUCACAUGCCACCUAAGUUUGCCAGCACUCGCAAAAGUAUAGAAAACACAGUACAAAAUUCUGGACAAGGGAGAAAUGUUUCUGUUCUGAAAGCCUCUCCAACAUCUAGAGCUUCCAUUGCUAAAAGCAAGGAGACUGAGUCCAAAUUAACUCAAGAGGAGCAAAAUGAAAAUGACUGGCGAUACAUGGCUGUAACUGCUUUUCUUCUGAAAGGUGCUGAUUCCAGGUUAACAAUCUGUUUCAUCGUGGUUGCCUGUUCGGAUGCCACACUCAUAUUGCGGGCUCUUCUUUUGCCUUCUCGUCUCUGGUUUGAUGUUGCUUUAUUGGUCUCUCAAACAUCCCCAGUACUUGCACUGCAGCAUGUAGUAAUCCCCAUUUUGGACCCUUCUAAAGAUAAGGUUCAAGUCCGAAGCAUGUAUAUCGUCAUUAGUGGAUCUACAGAUGGAAGCAUUGCUUUCUGGGAUCUGACGGAAACAGUUGAAUGUUUUAUGCAACGGGUCCUGACACUUGAGCCUGAAAAGCUCAUUGAGUGUCAGAGACGACCCCGAACAGGGAGGGGAAGCCAGGGUGGUCGAUGGUGGAGAUCUUUACCAAAUCGAUCUGCUAAAAAGGGUCCAUCGGAUGCCAUGGAUCCAGUUCACAUCGUUGGGGACAGUAAUGGCUGUGAUGUCACCCAAGCUGCAGGCUUGGUUUCAUCUGAAUUAGGUAGUGAUCAUUCAGAUGUGCCAACCAUUUCUACCCAGAGUACAGCAGCCGAUGGCUUCCCGGUGCCAGAAAUGCAGUCUGAUGAAUAUCUGGCUGGAGUGCAUGAAGUAUGGCCGGCACAUAUUGUGAAUUCUGUCCACCAAUCUGGGGUCAAUUGCCUCCAUGUCUCGAACAUCAAUGAUCGCCACCAUUCAGAGUCUGAACGAGUUUACUAUGUUCUCAGUGGCGGUGAUGACCAAGCACUAAACUGUCUUGGCUUUGAUUUGGCACUGCAACCGACGAAUGUUGAUGCUAGACCUCAGCAACCUACUAAUGUUACAAACCAUGUGCUGGCUGGAAUGGUCCGAGAGCCUACUGAGCUGGGUGGUACAGGGAUGGGUUCUCCUUGCAAUAGGUUGAGAAUGUUGUGUAAUGACAGAAUUGCAUCAGCUCACAGUUCUGCAGUAAAAGGUGUUUGGACAGAUGGGACUUGGGUGUUCAGUACUGGUCUUGAUCAACGAGUCAGGUGCUGGCAUCUCAGCAAAAAUGGCAAACUUACUGAGCAUUCCCACCUGGUAAUUAGCGUGCCAGAGCCGGAAUCAUUGGAUGCCAGAUCCUGUGGCAGAAAUCAAUAUCAGAUUGCUGUAGCUGGAAGGGGCAUGCAAAUGGUCAAGUUCUCCACUUCCUGCGAUGAGGAUUCUAAAGACUGAAAUGGGUCUCGACAGUCAUGAACUAAUAGAUGGUGAUGGUUACCAUACGGAAGAUUAAUGCGAUCGUUGCCAGUGGAUCACUGUAAGAGGAAAAAAUCCAAGAAUCAGUGUUAAAAUCUGGUGCAUUACAGUUGAGGAGGCUGUGGGCCUGUGGCUUUGCCCCUCUCACAUCCAGGAAAAUCAUUUCAACUCAUUUGAUCCGUUGUUUUCUUUUUCCGGCCUUCCUCUGGCUUUCAAUAGGCUUUAACAAGGAAAAUCAUUUUAAUUUAUUUGAUCCAUCAUUUUCUUUUUCCAGCUUUCAUCUGGCUUUCAGAAUGCUUUAACAAGGAAUUGAACUGAGCUAUUUACUGGACACGUUGGUCAUACAUACUAGCUGGUGGUAACCAUUUGUUGAAUUCAGUAAUUUCAGCAUCUGUAUGGAGUCGAAUGGCAUUUGGGUUCUAAGUUAAAUGGCAGGGCAGCAGAGAUUCUAUAUCAUAGUUGGAAAAUUGGAGAGUUCAUUUUCAAGUUGCUCGGUAAAAUCAAGUACCAUUCUGACCUUUUUUCCUUUCAACUAAUAUAAUUUGAUUAAUAUUCCUU